ACUGUCAAACUUGCGAGGAUUCGGUUUUUCAAGUUGUCAGCUACGUAUCUUCAGCCUGAGUCAUCGAUUGACCAUUCGUACCUUUCCUUCGUAUCAUCAUCUCGAUGAUCUGCGAAUACUUGCGAAUACUUGCCUUCAAAGUCUCAUCCACAGUUCAGUAGAUAUGGUGUUCUACAAGCCUCGUUUUUCACUUCUCAAGAAACCACAUGACGAUGAUACCACGUCCUCGCAAGGCAACCAGUUCUUUGUUACGCAUAAACGAUAUUCGAAACCGACUGCUGCAUCUACAUCCAGAAUCAUAUCUCGCUUUGUCUCCGGAGCCCUAGAUUCCAGUCCCUCCCCUACGCAGAACACACGUCCGCUCUCUGGAAGCUCCAUUACUGCCGGCUUCGUCACAUUGAACGCUCAUAAUGUCACGCUACAAGAACAAGUUUAUCUACUCCAAGAAAACAACCAGCACCUUACCGAUCAACUCGAAGUACUUGUUGGUCGUCUCAUGUACACCUCACGUGAGCUUCAAGCACAGAGGACCAUCAACCAUCACCAGGCUCGAGAGCUGAAAGGCGCAAGAGCAGAGUUCCAGAGGCUUAAGAGUGGAACGACCGAGCGAAAUGCGCGCCAUGAUGCCGAGCGACGUGAAUUUAAUUCGGUGAUGCUUGACAUCGAGCUAGCGAGAAUAAUGCAACGCACUCAAUAUGUCUCCGUCGACGACUUUCAAUCCCUUCAAGAUUCUGACAUUGGCUCUCAUUCUACGAGAGACCAUUCACCACAGCCAUCCACUCCAGGAACUACACCAGAAUUCCCGCCUUCCAUUCAUCCGCAUGAUGACUUGUAUGCUGAACUGGGUAACAUGGUCGUUGGCAUGAUACAUUCCAACCGGAAGGAUUAUGGUUCUUGGAAGUCCAAGCUGAAUGCUGUCGGACUCAGCUCUUACGAGUCAUUUACCCAGGGCUCCAAGAUUUCUGUGACGGAUUCCAUGGAGGACGUCAAAGCUGUCCAGAUUCAGUGCUCCGUGCAACAGUGUGUCCCACCCGUCGAAAGGAAUGACGAGGAUGAGCAUGCACUAUCGGAUCAUGAGGGAUCAUCUACCACUCCGGCAGACGUCACCCCUGCUAAACUCACUGUCGUUGAAAAGCAAACCAAUUCAAAUCACGGAGAAGAUGUUUCGCUUGAAUCACCCUCAUUCAGCAGCAAUUUCUUUGAAUGUCUCAUUAACGAGUGGCGCCCUGAGAAUAAUCUCCAGCUGGAGAUCGGUCAGACAAGUCACAGCCCCAAGCCUGUUGGGAUCUACGAGGUUCCGCGUACAGUACACUCU